AACCCAGACAACUGCAGAACUGCAAAGAAAGUGACGUGCAACUUGCACAAAGGAUGUGGCUUUGGAUGCCAGCUACAUCAUGUGACAUACUGCCUGAUAGCAGCCUAUGCCAUGAAGAGGACUCUCAUUCUUCAGUCAAAAGGAUGGCGCUACUCACCCAAGGGCUGGGAGACGGUUUUUGAGCCUCUGAGUCAAAAAUGUACAGAAGACGAUAUAAAGGGGUCCAUUACACAUUGGAAAUCUUCUCGGACAGAGAUGGACAAAUAUGAUGUGAUCGAGCUGCCAAUUGUUGACAACCUACACCCGCGCCCAGAUUUCAUGCCUCUGUCUGUGCCUGCUGACCUUGCAUCCGAGAUCGCCGUCUUCCAUGGUGAUCCAGCUGUGUGGUGGAUUGGUCAGGUUGUGCACUAUCUCUUCAGACUGCAGCCUGCUGUACUCACUGAUGUGGUUGAUGCUGGGAAAAAAAUGGGAUUCAGAAAUACCAUUGUUGGAGUUCAUGUCCGCAGAACAGAUAAAAUUAACUUGGAGGCGGCAUUUCAUCCAUUGGAGGAAUAUAUGGAGCAUGUAAAAGAGUUCUAUGAUCAAUUAGAAAGAACACAUCCUGAUAUUCCCAGGAGAGUCUACCUAGCAACAGAUGAUGCCAAUCUUCUUCCAGAAGCCAAGCAGAAAUAUCCAAACUACAAAUUCAUCAGUGAUGUCUCAAUAUCACAGUCAGCAGGCUUGGGUACCAGAUAUACGGACAGCUCACUACGUGGAGUAAUCAUAGAUAUAUAUUUUCUGUCUCGCUGUGAUUUUCUUGUCUGCACAUUUUCAUCUCAGGUGUGCAGAGUUGCAUAUGAAUUAAUGCAGACAUUACAUGGUGAUGCCUCAAGGAACUUCCGCUCAUUAGAUGAUGUCUUCUACUAUGGAGGGCAAAAUGAGCAUGAUUUGAUUGUGGUAGAAGCUCAUCCAGGCAACUCUGAAGGGUUAAUAGAAAUUCAGGUUGGAGAUGCAGUAGGUAUUGCAGGAAACCACUGGAAUGGAUUUUCUAAAGGAAUGAAUAAAAGAACAGGUCUUUCAGGCCUCUUUCCAUCAUAUAAAGCAGAAGAUGCUGUUGUCCCAGCAGAGAUGCCCACUUACCCUGAGGUCCCACGCAAACAGAGCUGA